GGAAAAACAGAGUUGAAGUUGGGCAUCACCCAGCGUGCGGCCGAAAGAUUGGCCAAGAUCGCGGUAGAGGACAAGAACCCAGACACGUGUCUUCGUAUUCUCGUGGAGUCCGGUGGCUGUCACGGGUUCCAGUAUGAAUUGAAGUUGACCGACUUGAGUACAAAGACGGCGGAAGACUCGUUGUUGGUCCGAGACGAGGGGAAGGUGCUUAUCGAUGAGUCUUCGUUACAAAUCUUGCGCGACUCGAAGGUUGACUACACCAAGGAGUUGAUUGGCAGUCAAUUCAAGGUCUUGGGCGGGUACAUCAGCAGCAGCUGUGGCUGUGGUUCCUCCUUUGAUUUUGACUUUGACAAGAUCCAG